CCGUGACCUUUACGUUGCAAAAUCUGAGCUGUACCACAGAUGUUUAGUAACAAUGUUGGCAUUAACUGUGUUCAUUUUGGUGAUGUGAUUGUUUACGAUUUGCUUGGUGGUGCCGAAUAUUCUUGUAUUGUGUUAUCACUCUAGCAUAUAAUCCACUUACUGACACAGUAUGGAUUUCCAAAAUCGUCCUGGUGGCAAAACGGGAGGUGGUGGACAGGCAUCAUGGUCAGAAAGCAACAGAGAUCGUCGAGAACGUCUCCGUCAGUUAGCACUUGAAACUAUUGAUUUAAAUAAGGAUCCGUAUUUUAUGAAAAAUCAUUUAGGCUCAUAUGAAUGUAAACUUUGUCUUACGCUUCAUAACAAUGAGGGAAGCUAUUUGGCCCAUACGCAAGGCAAGAAACACCAAGCCAACCUAGCUCGUAGAGCAGCUAAGGAAGCAAAGGAAUCACCUCAGCAGCCUGCACCAGAAAAGCCCAGAGUUGAACCUAAGAAAUUUGUUAAGAUUGGUCGCCCAGGAUACAGAGUCACGAAGCAACGUGAGCCUGAAAGUGGUCAACAAAGUUUGCUUUUCCAGAUCGAUUAUCCCGAAAUAGCUGAUGGAAUAUCUCCCCGACAUCGUUUCAUGUCCGCGUAUGAGCAAAAGGUUGAACCUCCUGACAGGAAAUGGCAGUAUUUGCUGUUUGCUGCAGAACCUUAUGAGACCAUCGCAUUCAAGGUACCAAGUCGUGAGGUGGAGAAAACAGAAGGAAAAUUUUGGACUCAUUGGAACAAAGACACAAAGCAAUUUUUUCUUCAGUUUGCUUUCAAGAAUGAUCCAAAACAGCAGCCACAAGCUAAACCUCCACCUCCCCCUACACCACCUCUAAGACCCCCUGGACCACCCCCAAAUCUUCCACCACCUCCCAUGCCUCCUCCUCCUUUGGUUCAUCCGCCGCCUCCACCAAGACCGCUACUCCCACCUGGUAUGCCACCCCCACCACCUUUGUUUAACCCCGUACCACCCCCUCCGCCCAAGUUAGGGAAUCUUCCUGUUCCUCCACCACCUCCUAAGAUGAACUGAAUUGGAAUUUGACUAGCUCAGCUAAGAACUGGUAUGAAAAUGUACUUUUUUUGUAUUGAAAGGUGAAAAAUUGUUUGUAUUUUAUAAGAAUUAGGGUGUGUUUAUGUUGUUUAUAAUAAUGCUUUGCAUUUCAUUGUAUGGUACAGAAUGCUUAUUACUGCACUAUUACAUAAUUUAUGUAACAUUGCAUUCAUAAUACUGUAAAACUGUGUAAUAUGACAGUGUAAAAACUUAAUAUAGUACUUCAACCCUUUA